GUGUCAGUAGAUGUCGCUCAACAACAGACUGGGAGCUGAACCAGCGCUGGAGCAGUGACUAAAAUAAGCUAAUUGUAUUCUGGACUUUGCUUCAUUGAUUUCCCUUGAUCCAGCUGGUACAGUGGCACAGCUUCGAUUAGUGCUCCUCUCUGAACAACUGCCAGUGUAACAGUGUUGUAGUGUUGUUCUUUCAGAGAAUGUCUGAGAGACAGGGACUGAGGGCAGACUCCACCCACUUCACUUUAGAUGGAGCCCCAUUUCGGAUUCUCGGAGGCUCCAUCCAUUACUUUCGGGUCCCCAGGGCAUACUGGAGAGACCGGCUGCUCAAACUCAAGGCCUGUGGUCUCAAUACUCUCACCACGUAUGUCCCGUGGAAUCUACAUGAACCAGAGAGAGGAGUUUAUCUUUUUCAGGAGGAGCUGGAUCUUGAGGCAUACAUUCGUCUCGCAGGGGAAUUAGGCCUUUGGGUGAUUCUGCGUCCGGGGCCGUACAUAUGUGCCGAGUGGGAUUUGGGUGGGUUACCAAGCUGGCUGCUGCAGGAUAAGAAAAUGAAAUUAAGAACAACCUACUCUGGUUUCACAAGUGCUGUGAACUCGUACUUUGAUAAACUCAUUCCGAGAGUCACACCACUCCAGUAUAAGAAUGGAGGCCCUAUUAUUGCUGUUCAAGUAGAGAAUGAAUAUGGUUCAUAUGCAAAGGAUGAGCAAUACAUGUCAUUCAUCAAAGAGGCGUUACUGUCCCGGGGAAUCUCCGAGCUUCUCCUCACAUCAGACAACCAUGACGGGAUGAACUGUGGAGGGGUAGAUGGAGUCUUGCAGACAGUGAACCUACAGAAACUGACGUUUGGUGAUGUACAGCAUUUAGCAGAAUUGCAGCCACAGAAGCCGCUGAUGGUGAUGGAAUACUGGUCUGGCUGGUUUGAUGUCUGGGGGGAACCUCAUCAUGUUUUCUCUGCGCCAGAAAUGAUCUCUAUAGUGCGAGAGCUUCUGGAUCGUGGCAUUUCCAUCAAUUUCUACAUGUUUCAUGGAGGAACCAGCUUUGGAUUCAUGAACGGAGCUUUGGACUUGGGAACCUACAAACCACAGACGAGCAGCUACGAUUAUGAUGCUCCACUCACUGAAAGCGGUGAUUAUACAACCAAGUAUCAUCUCUUGAGGAGCCUGCUGAGCACCUACAGCAAUGAGCCGAUAUCAGAGCCGCCAGCUGUGCAGAGCAGAAGAGCAUAUGAGCCGCUGACAGUCACUCAUUAUAUUUCACUAUGGGAGAGUCUUCAGUGUGCAGAAACUCUUUUCAGAGCUGAUGAUCCUGUUAACAUGGAGAGCCUUCCUGUGAACCACAACAAUGGUCAGUCCUAUGGAUACACUCUCUAUCAGACUGACAUUUAUUCAGGUGGAGAUCUCAACUCAAGGAACCAUGUUCGUGACAGAGCUCUAGUGUUUAUUGACCGAGAACUCAUUGGUGUUUUAGAUUAUAGAACACAGAAAGUUAAAAUACCUCAAAGUAAGAGUGAGAGGACCUUGAGUUUGCUUGUUGAGAACUGUGGACGAGUGAACUAUGGUCCAGCUCUUGACAACCAACAGAAAGGGCUUGUUGGUGAUAUAACUCUGGAUAAUGUACCUCUAAAAAAGUUCACAAUGCACUGUUUGGAUAUGAAGACCAGUUUCAUUAACAGACUGCAGUCUCAGAAAUGGACGUCUGUUGGUACAAAGCCCACCUACCCUGCGUUUUUCAGAGGAUCCCUGGUAGUGGAUCAGCCCACAGAUACUUUUUUGAAGCUGCCAAAUUGGAAUAAAGGAGUGGUUUUUGUGAACGGGCAUAAUCUUGGACGCCACUGGUCAGUUGGUCCUCAGAAAGCCCUCUAUCUUCCUGGUCCCUGGCUCAGGAGUGGAGAUAAUGAGAUUGUUGUUUUUGAGGAACUCAAAGCUGCGGAAACAAUCAGUUUUGCUGAAAAUCUUGAAUAUGGCAAGACCGUCGAAGUAUCUACACAACUGUUUUGCACCCUCAUAUGAAACACACCUGCAGCGUAACAAUGAAUCUCAGGCUUACAUCCAUCAAAAACAGAUCUGAACUUGAAUUACUUAAAGCAAGGCAUCACAAGUAAAGAGUACAGAUUUAGCAAAGGACUUCCCCAUUUGAUUAAUCAAUUCAAAUAAAGACAGCUGUUUUGUAUUAC